AUGUGUCAGCUCAGCUGCCGUGCCGUGCCGUGCCGGGGGGCGGGGGGGAGCACACGCCGCUGCCCUGCUGCCUGCCGCUGCCCUGCUGCCCGUCCCUGCCCGGCCGCCGCCGCCGCUCUCCGCUCGCCGGCUCCCGCACGGGGGUGGCACAGCCCCGGUGCCAGCCCGGCCCAACGGCAGCCUGAGCACCCCCCCGCCCCCGCCCAGAUUCGGGAGGAGGACAGGGGACCGCCGCCGUCCGCCCCCCCCCUGCUCCUGUCGGUCAUCCCGGGGGGGUUCAUCAAGCAGCUCGUGCGGGAGACCGAGAAGGAGGCCAAGGCUGCCAAGCUGAAGAAGGAGCCCAAGGCUGGGGGGAAAGAGGAGCCCACGGGGGAGGACAGCAAGCCCCGGGCUGCAGUCCCUGCAGCUGCUGGAGGAGAAGUGAGCAGCAAGGUGCAGCUGCUGCAAAACGGACUGAAAGCAGAGGGGCAGGGGAGCAAGGGGCUCCCGGCCCCCCCCCGUAAGGAGCUGCCAGCUGGGAGGGCUUCACCGGGGGCCACCCCCAGCAAAGCCCCCUCCCCUGCACCCAGCCCAGCAGCAGCUGCCCCCAGACCAGCAGAGACCCCUGGGCUGCAGGCUCCCAAGGCACAGAAGUCAUCGUGUCCUGAGAAGAGCUCCAAAGAUCCCUGCCUGGGGGGCAGCCCCCCAGCUGCAGCACCAGAGAAGAGCUCCAAAGACCCCCCACCAGGGAGUAACCCCCCAACUCCAGCCCCUGGGAAGACCUCCAAGGACCUCCAUCCAAGGAGCAGUGCCCCAGCUGCAGCCCCUGAGAAGAGCUCCAAGGAUCCCCUCCUGAGGGGCAGUGCCCCAGCUGCAGCCCCUGAGAAGAGCUCCAAGGAUCCCCUCCUGAGGGGCAGUCCCCCAGCUGCAGCCCCUGAGAAGAGCUCCAAGGAUCCCCUCCUGAGGGGCAGUCCCCCAGCUGCAGCCCCUGAGAAGAGCUCUAAGGAUCCCCUCCUGAGGGGCAGUCCCCCAGCUGCAGCCCCUGAGAAGAGCUCCAAGGAUCCCCUCCUGAGGGGCAGUGCCCCAGCUGCAGCCCCUGAGAAGAGCUCUAAGGAUCCCCUCCUGAGGGGCAGUCCCCCAGCUGCAGCCCCUGAGAAGAGCUCUAAGGAUCCCCUCCUGAGGGGCAGUCCCCCAGCUGCAGCCCCUGAGAAGAGCUCCAAGGAUCCCCUCCCGAGGGGCAGUCCCCCAGCUGCAGCCCCUGAGAAGAGCUCCAAGGAUCCCCUCCUGAGGGGCAGUGCCCCAGCUGCAGCCCCUGAGAAGAGCUCUAAGGAUCCCCUCCUGAGGGGCAGUCCCCCAGCUGCAGCCCCUGAGAAGAGCUCCAAGGAUCCCCUCCUGAGGGGCAGUGCCCCAGCUGCAGCCCCCACCCCCAGCAAAGGCCUCCAGCUCUUCAGCAAAGGCCUGGUGAAGGAGGGGGAAGUACCCAAAGGGACAGGUCCUGAGAGCACCAAGAAGGAGAAGGGGGCACCCCCAGGGCACAGGGAGCCCCCAGCUAAGGGAAGAUCCAAUAAGGAGCUGGGACCAGCCAAGAGAGAGCCAGAGAAGAUGAAGAAAGAUGUUGGAGGUGGGAAGAAGGAGCCGAAGGAACUCAGAAAGCCUGGAAAAGCAGCAGAGAAAUCAGAGGGGCUCAAGGAGGAGCCAGGGGGGAUCCCAGAGAAGACAGAUGAUGUGCCAAAGGAGGUGGGAAAGGUGAAGGAAGAAGCAGGAGAGAGCACAAAGGCACCAGGAGAGGGCAAAGAGGGCACGGACAAGGAGCAGGCUCCGAGGGAUGCUUGGUACGAAGCGGAGAAGGUCUGGCUGAUCCAGGAGGAUGGAUUCACGCUGGCCACGCAGCUGAAGCCGGACGUGGGGACGCCGGAGCCGCCGGCGGGGAGGGUCCGGGUGCGCCGGCACGGGGACGGCAGCGUCGCGGAGGUGGAGGAGGACAGAGUGCAGAGGACCAACCCCUCCAGCUUGGACCUGGCCGAGGACCUGGCCAUGCUCCUCAGCCUCAACGAGUGCAGUGCCCUGCACACGCUGCAGCAGCGCUACCGAGCCCGCCUGCCCUGCACCUACGCCGGGCCCAGCCUGCUGGCCAUCAGACCCAGCUUCGCAGCCAGCGGCAGCCCGGCCAAGGCGCCCAGGGGCAAGCGGGAUGCCAGGGCCCCUCAUGUCUGCUCCGUGGCGCUCAGAGCCUACAGGAAGCUGCUGCUGCAGCGGCAGGACCAGGCCAUCGUGCCCCUGGGCCGCAGUGGGGCUGGCAGGACCUCCUGCUGCCAGAGCGCUCUGGAGUACCUGGUGGGCACGGCGGGCAGCGUGGACGGCGCCGUCUCAGUGGAGAAGAUCCAGGCGAUGUUCACCCUCCUGGGAGCCUUCGGCUCCGUGAGCACCGGCUGCAGCAGCAGCUCCACACGCUUCUCCAUGCUCCUGUCGCUGGAUUUCAAUGCCACUGGCCAGAUAACCGCUGCUCACCUCCAGACCAUGCUGCUGGAGAGGUCCCGCGUCGCCCAGCAGCCCCCGGGGGAAAGCAGCUUCAACGUCUUCCCCAUGAUGCUGGCAGGCUUGGAUGUGGCACAGAGGACAAUGCUGCACUUGCACCAGCUGGCUGAGAGCAAUUCCUUUGGGAUCAAGCCAUGCUCAAAGCCCGAGGAGAAGCAGAAAGCCUCGGAGGCAUUCACCCAGCUCCAGGCUGCCAUGGGCACCCUGGGCAUCACAGCAGAGGAGCAGGUGGCCAUCUGGCGUGUCUUGGCUGGCAUCUACCACCUGGGAGCUGCUGGUGCCUGUAAAGUUGGCAGGAAGCAGUUCAUGAAGUUUGAGAGUGCAAGCAGGGCAGCAGAGGUGCUGGGCUGCCAGCUGGAGGAGCUCACCACAGCUGUCUUCAAGCACCACCUGAAGCAGAUCCUGGCACAGGUUGUGGCACAGGGCCACCCUCAUCCCCAGGCAGAGCCGAGCCCGCCAGGGCCAAAGAUGACAGGUGUGGAGUGUGUGGAGGGGAUGGCUUCUGGUCUCUAUGAAGAGCUCUUUGCUGUGGUUGUCUCACUGAUCAACAGGUCUUUCUCCUCCCAGCACCUCUCCAUGGCCUCUAUCACAGUGGUGGACACCCCUGGCUUCCACAACCCACGGCACCAGCGGGGAGAGCGAGCAGCAACCUUUGAGGAGCUCUGCCACAACUAUGUGCAUGAGAGGCUGCAGGCUCUCUUCUAUGAGAAGACCUUCCUCCAGGAGAUGGAGAGGUACAGAGAGGAAAAUGUUGAGGUGUCUUUUGAUCUUCCAGAGCGCUCCCCGCUGGCCACGCUGUCCAUCAUCGACCUGAGCUCCUCACAGCCACAGGUGCUGCCCAGCAGCCCGGGGGCCAGUCGCAAGGGGCUGCUGUGGAUCCUGGAUGAGGAGGUGCUGAUCCCAGGUGCCGGGGACAGCACUGCCUUCGAGCGCCUCUGCUCCUACUUCACCACCAAGGGACCUGAGCAGGAGGGGGACAGCUGCAUCCGGAGGUGUGAGCAGGCUCUGCAGUUCGAGAUCUCCCACCGGCUGGGCACCGACCCCGUGCGCUACGACCUCACGGGCUGGGUCAGCAAAGCCAAGCCCAACCUCUCCGCUCAAAACGCCACCCACGUGCUGCAGAGCUCCACCAUCUCAGCGGUGAGGCGGCUGGUGGAGCCCCACUCGUGGGCAGCGCCGGGCGGCCGCGCCGUGGCGGGGCUGGAGGGGCGCUCCCAGGCCGCCCUGCGCCGCAACGCCUGCGUCAGGAAGACCUUCGCCAGCAGCUUCGCCGCCGUGAGGAAGAGGUCGGUGUGUGCCCAGCUCAAGCUGCAGGCGGAUGCUCUCACCAACCUUCUCCGACGCUCCCAGCUGCACUUUGUCCACUGUCUCCUGCCUGGACCAGGGAUGGAGGGGCUUGGCCCUCCUCCCCCCACGCCACCUGACGCAGCCCCCCAGCUGGACGUGCCAACCCUGCGAGCCCAGCUGGAGGGGACCCAGCUCCUGGAUGCUCUUCGCCUGCACCGCAUCGGGUAUGCAGACCGCCUGCUCCUGACCCAGUUCCGACGGCGCUUCCAGGUGCUGGCUCCAGACGUCAUGAGGAAGCACACCUCUGCUUAUGAGGUGCCCAACGAGAGCAAGGCUAUAGAGGAGCUCUUCCAGGCACUGGAUCUGGAGAAGAAGAGUGUUGCCAUAGGACGCAGCCAGGUGUUCCUGAAGCCAGGAGUCAUCUCCAGGCUGGAGAAGCAACGUGACAAGCUGAUAGCCAAGAACGUGACCCUGCUCCAGGCUGCUUGCAAGGGCUUCCUCAGCCGCCAGAAGUUCAAGAGGUUGAAGAUCCAGCGCCUCGCUGUCCGCUGCAUCCAGAGGAACCUGCUGCUCUUCCAGGCGGUCAGGCACUGGCCCUGGUGGCAGCUGCUGAGCCGCCUGCGGCCCCUGCUCAGCGUCAACCUCGCCGACGAGCAGCUCCACGCCAAAGAAGAGGAGCUGGCAGCGCUGAGAAAGAAGCUGGAGAAAUCUGAGCAGGCUUGCAGUGAGCUCAGGCAGACCACAGAGAAGCUGGAGAGCAAGAUCAUCGACCUGACGACGGAGCUGUCGGAUGAGCGGUACAAGAGCGACGCCACCUGCCAGGCCCUGGACGGGGAGCGGGCGGAGCGGCUGCGCGCUGCCCGGGAGCUGCAGGAGCUGCAGAGCAAACAUGACCAAGUGCAGAAGAAGCUGGAGUCGGUGGAAAAGCAGCUGGAGGAGGCCCAGCAGCUGGUGCAGCUGCGCGAGAUGAAGAUAAGCGGCUCUGGAGGAGAGGACGAGUGGCAGGUGCGCUUCGACUGCGCCCAGACGGAGAUCUCCUUCCUGCGGAAGAGGCUGGCACAGCUGGAGGAGCGGCUGGAGUCCGAGCUGGGAGCCAGGACAGGGCUGGAGCAAAAGCUUGCUGAGGCACAAGCAGCCUGUGAGGCGGCCAAGCAGACGUCGCAGCAGCUGCGGCGGCGGUGCCGGCGCCUGGCCUGCGAGCUGGAGGACGCCAGAGUGCUCGCCGAGAGCCUGCAGGCCCGCAGCCACGAGCUGGAGAAGAGGCAGAAGAAAUUUGACCUGCAGUUAGCCCAGGCCUUGGGGGAAUCUGCCUUUGAGAGGAGCCUCCGUGAGAAAGUGGCGCAGGAGAACACCAGCAUCCGAUGGGAGGUGGGCAAACUGCAGCAGAGCUUGGAGCAGAAGGAGGCCGAGGUGGCCAGGCUGGCACAGCAGGCGGCCGCCGCGGCCAGCCGGCUGCAGGAGCUCAGCGCCCCCAGCGCCCCGGAUGCCAGCGCUGUGCCCACCCUCAAGAAGAGGCUCUGGGACCUGGAGGCCAGCGCUGGGGAGCAGAGGAAAGAGCUGGAGCGGCAGACGGCCGCAGUCGAUCACCUGGAGCAGCUCCACCAGAGGCUGGAGCUGGAGAUAGAGAGGAUGAAGCAGAUGCACCAGAAGGAGCUGGAGGACAAGGAGGAGGAGCUGGAGGACGUGAGGCAGUCCUGCCAGAAGAGGCUCAGGCAGCUGGAGAUGCAGCUGGAACAGGAGGAUGAGGAGAGGAAGAAGGUGCUGCAUGAGAAACAGGACCUGGAAGGGCUCAUCAGCACCUUGUGUGAGCAGAUUGGGCACCGAGACUUCGACGUGGAGAAGCGGCUGCGGAGGGACCUGCGGCGGACCAGGGCCCUGCUGGCUGACGUCCAGCUGCUGAUGGCAGCCCCGGGGGAGCCUGGGGCCAGCGCCCAGGAGCUGCAGAGGCUGCGCAAGCAGCUGGAAGAGAGUGAAGCCAAAUGUGCUGAGGCCCAGAGGUGCCAGCAGACAGCAGCCCAGGAGCUGGAGAAGUUGCAGACUGAGCUGGAGACCCUCAACAGAAACAAGACCUUGGUGGAUGAGCAGCUGUACCAGCUGCAGCACGAGAGAGCUGACCUCCUGAAGCGCAUUGAUGAGGACCAGGAAGACCUGAACGAGCUCAUGGACAAGCACAAAGCUCUGAUUGCCCAGUCGGCGACGGACAUCGCUCAGAUCCGGGAGCUGCAGGCACAGGUGGAGGAGGUGAAGAAAGAAAAGCACAGCCUUCAGGAGAAGCUGCAGGCAGCGCAGGCGCGGGCGGCGCAGCUGGAGCAGUGCCCGGCCGAGCGCUCCAUCGUCAGCCGGCAGGAGGCUCGCAUCCGCGACCUGGAGAGCCAGCUGGACUUCCAGGCCGUGCAGAUGAAGCGCUUCGAGGUGCUGGUGCUGCGGCUGCGGGACAGCAUCAUCAAGAUGGGCGAGGAGCUGGAGAAAGCAGCUGAGUCAGAGGCACGGGAGAAGGAGAACACCAGGUACUACCAGAGGAGGAUGGAGGAGAUGAAGGCUGAGAUGGAUGAGCUGGUGCAGAGGGAGCUGGAGUCCAGCCGCCGGCGAGUGGAGCUGGAGCAGCAGCUGGCAGAGCUGGCAGCCGUGCGGCAGGUCCUGCAGGCAGACCUGGGCACCUCCAUCCGCCGCAUCGCUGACCUGCAGGUGGCCCUGGAGGAGCUGCGCGACAGCGACGACAGCGACGCCGAGAGCGUGAGGUCCACGCGGGAGUCGCUGAGCUCCAGGAGAGAGACGGAUGCCUGCUCCAGCGUGGGCUCUGUGCUCAGCCUGGAGCCUGCAGAGAGCAUCAGGUCCUGGCCAGGAUCAUCCAUGGGUACCAGCGUGGCUGGGAGCGUCUCAGCACAGUCCAUUGGCAGCCACAGCACCCAGGGACCGAGGGUGAGCAGAGACACGAAGGAGCCAUCCCCCAGCCGGCUGCCUGCUGCCCGUGGCACUGCCAGGCCCAGUGAGGCUGCAGGUCUGGGCAGGGUGGGGAGUCCCUCCCUCGGUGCUAGGAGAAGGGAGUACGGAAAGCCUGCGGCAGAUGAAGAGGAGCUGGAGGGCCCCAGGAAGCCUGCGGAUAGGAUGGGAGAGAUGUCCCCAUCGGUGCUGCGGCGAGGGGCGUCCCCCGCCUCGGAUGGGAGGUUCCCCAGCCCGGUGCCGCCGCCGGUGCCGAGGAGAAGACGUCCCUCCCCAGCAGCAGGGACAGUGCCCAGCUCCUCGGCUGCCCUCUCGGAGUACGUGGAGGAGCUGCGGCGGCAGCGGGGAGCGGAGCCAGGCUCCCCCUCGCUGGGCGACGGCUCUGCCCUGCCCAUUUACCGCACCACCGGCGCCGCAGCCCUGCGGCGUGCCAGGGCCGUGCCGGCAGCCGAGGAUUCCCUGGGCAAGGCGGAUGGGAGUCAGCUGAAGGACGGCGGAGGAGCAGAGCCCGGCCUGGUGCGCUCCUCCAGCCUGCGGAGCGUGGCUCCCGAGCCAGCCGAACCCCUGCGCUCCCCGGCGCUGGGCAGAGCGGCCAAAUUCGGCUCCUACGACUCCCUCCUGCAGAGCCUCGACGGCUCCGGCCGCAGGCCGAGCUCUCCAGCGCUGGGUGCGCCCCGGCUCAGCUCCUGGAGAAGCUACCUGGAGCCGUCGGUGGAAGACGUGGAGGUGGGAAAGGGUGCUGGGGGUCUCCCGAGCUCCCCAUCCAGCGAGGAGCUGCUGGGCGAGGGGAAGGGGAGCGACCCCUUCAGCUGGCGCAUACCCACCCUCAACUACGAGAGGAGAACCAACGUCGAUUUCGACGACUUCCUGCCGGCCAUCCGCAAGUGCCGCUCCACCAGCAGCCUGGCCAAGCCCGGCCGGGACCGACGGGACGGCCACCGGCCCCUCACCGUCCGCUUCCAGGAUGAGGCCAUAGAGGGCAGCUCGGUGUCCUCCGAGAUGAAGGGCGCGCCCAAGCGCUGCCCGACCACCCGGGAGGACCCCGGGGACGUCUCUGAUUCCUCCUCUUCCUCUGGAUCCGUCGUCUCCUCCCGGAGCACCGACAGCAUCAAGCGGCGGCCGCAGCCGCAGCGAGGGGACGGGGAGGGGAGCAGUGGCAAAGGCAGCAGCCAGGCCAGCAGCGCCAGCCGCCGGGCAGAGGCAGAAGGCAAGGAGGACGAUGUCGCCAGCAUCAUGAAGAAGUAUCUGGGACAAGACUAA